AAGGGAUAUUUUCACAAUGUAUACUUUUAAUUGUCCUAUAAUCCACGAAAACUUGUAAUAUUCGUAUAGUUUUUCACUCAUUUUGAGGAAAUUGAACGGAUAAUCUUGUACUCAUUUUGAAUAGCUUAAUUUUGAUAAAAAAUAGUUAUAUUUUGUGGUUUUUAAAUUCUGUUUGGAUCCCAUUUUACAUCUGACAGUAAAGAGAAUAGCGGAGAAUGCCUCACAAUAUGGUCUACCUGUGUAUCAGGCAUACAGGAUUAGCGAACACCUGAGAACAGGUAAAAACGGAAGUCAGUAGGCUACCUGAAUGUCCUGUGCCUGGUGGGCCUUAAGUCAGUGUCGUCUGCAAUCAUCAACACCUGUGUAUCUACUUAAGUCUACCCGAAUAUUUCGUAAUUAGUGCGUUGUUUUGUUAAUUGGAACAAUGAAGACUGGUUGGAAAGUUGUCGCUGACAUAUUCGUUUAUUUGGCAGUAUCGGCCUUCACCUUUAUGCUGGUGUUUGAUAAGAUACCGAUGAUUCGGCCGUUUGAACGAGGUUUCUACUGUGACGACCAAAGCAUCAUGUAUCCUAUAGUAGAGGAAUCCAUUGAUGACGGAACCAUCAUCGCCAUGUCCCUCCUCAUCUUCCCAGCAGCCGUUAUCAUUGUGGAGUUGUUUUAUGCCUGUUACAACGGUUCUUGUUCAGACAUAAGAGGGACGAUGUGGGUAUACAUUAAAAACCUGUACAGAACCGUCGGCUCGUACCUGUUUGGCGGCACAGCUACCAUUCUUGUUGUAGAAACACUUAAACUUUUCUUUGGACGUCUCCGACCCAAUUUUAUUGCGAUGUGCAGACCUAACUUCACAGCUAUCGACUGUACACAAGGAUUUAUAAGAGAAUUCCACUGCAACGAAACAGACGAAGAAGUUUUAGCUGAUCUAAGGAAAUCAUUUCCAUCAGGACAUUCAGCAGCUGCAGCCUAUGGCAUGCUAUUUUUAGCGGUGUACCUUCAAUUCCGACUGCUCCUUAAAUGGGUUCGUCUCCUCCGACCUCUCCUUCAGACCCUCGUCAUCAUAUUGGGUGUGUUUAUUUGUGCAUCACGUCUCCAAGACUAUCGUCAUCAUCCCGGUGACGUCAUAGGCGGAGCUAUUGUUGGGGCAUUAGGGUGUCUUUUAACAGUCAUUUUUCUUUCUGACAAAAUGCAUUAUAUGAAUCGCUCCUACCUAAGAAAGAUGGAAGAAUUAAAUAAGACACAAAUGCAGAUGGGACAGUAUUAUAAAGGAAACGACAAUUUCGCGUUUAGAGACAGUGCAUUCAGUAUCAACAUGAAUCAACUUUCUGUGAAAAAUGGACAAGAUCGCCAUAGUGAAACAGCCCUGCCAUAGACCAAAAUGCCGUCACCCUGGGACAGGCCUGUUACGGACAUUACUUACUGAAAGUUGAUACCCAAAACAUUGCUUUAUAAAAUACCGUGUGAGAUGUUUUAUCCUGAUGUUAAACUUUUAACAACCAAAGACUGUUCGGUAAUACGAGCAUGCAGUUUUGCUCCAAGUGCUUCAACUUCGUCCUAAAUGUCUUCCUAUGCAAAUGUAAACACGUGAGACGUUUGUGACACCGAGUACAUAUGCGUAUAAUUAAACAUCACAUGACCAUUGCUUACACAAACAGAAGAACAGCGUUAUUCAAAACAAAAAAUAUUGUUCAUGUCAGGUUGUCUUAUACACUAAGGUAUAGAUACUAAUCUAUUCUAUUAUUAUUUGACGUGGUAUAUGAUAUAUUAUCAGAAUGCGUUUUAUAAAUUAUGGCGGAACUCGAAUCGGUAUUUGAAAAUGAUGGCAAAAUGAUCAAUUUUUGCUAAAGCGUUCUUCUGUGUUUUUCUCAGCUUUUUUCACUCGGUGUAUAUUUUACCAUAUCACAUAAACAAAUAAUGAUUAUUUCGUUAAUUGAAAGAAACCUACAUAGCAUGUAUAUAUCCUUGUUAAAAUGUAUGUUAACAUUCCGUAGCUGAUACCUUUAAAUAGUAAAAGCAAUACAUGCUGUACAUAAAGAAGGUCCUCAAAACACAGUUUAUAUUAUGUUAGCUCGCCAGGGGUAAUGUUGUCUUUAU